AUGAGAUGUCACAAAAGCAGCCUCACCUUCAGCCCUGACCUGCUGCUCCACUUCAGAGCUGAUACUGUCUGCUCAGGCAGAGGGCUGUGUGAAGGACAGUCAAAAAGUAAGAAGCCGGGCAGCCGGGCUGGGCAGAGCAGGGCGAUGGAGGCCGUGGACGUGCCGCCCGAGGGAUACUCGCUGCUCAAGGCCGUGUACCAGCGGCGGCUGCGCCUGACGCGGCUGCUGCUCGACGGCGGGGCCUACGUCAACGAGAGCAACAGCCGCGGCCAGACCCCGCUGAUGGUGGCCUGCAUGACCCAGCACGCCGACCUGCAGAGCGCCAGCAAGGCCAGGAUGGUCAAGUACCUGCUGGACAACAAGGCCGACCCCAACAUCCAGGACACGUCGGGGAAGACGGCGCUGAUGCACGCCUGCCUGGAGAAGGCCGGCGCCGAGGUCGUGUCCCUGCUGCUGACGAGCGGCGCCGACCCCAGCCUGGCCGACCACUCCAACCGCUCCGCGCUGGUGUACGCCAUCAACGCUGCCGACAGAGACACCCUGGAGCUGCUGCUCGAGGCCUGCAAGGCGCGGGGCAAAGAAGUCAUCAUCAUCACCACCGACAGGUCCGCCUCAGGCAGGCAGAAAACCAAGCAGUACCUGAACGUGCCUCCUCCAGACCUGGAGGAAUGCACCUCCCCGGCUGAUUGCGCCUCCCCGUCAGAAAUAGAGCCAAACGAGGGGCCAGAAGACCCCUUCAGCUUUAAAGAGCUGUAUGGUGGGCAACAGCGGGACAACUCGUCUGAACGAGUGCCUCUAAUGACCAAAUCCAGCUCCACACCAGCACGGUUCAAGCUGACGCAGGUGCUGCAGUGCGACCCGUGGCUGAAGUGCUGUCCAGCAGUGUUUCAGCAGAGGAAAAUUGCUUCUCCACAAGAAUUUCAGUGCAUCAGUCCCAUGGAAGAGCUCUCCUGUAAAGUCACUGGCCUCGACUUGUGCAAGAGUGUCACCGGUCACAAAAGCAGAGACAGGAAGGACGCUGCUCAGGUGCUGAAAACCCCUGAUCAAACCAUGUCAAGGAAAGAAUUGCACGAUGCAGUAAACUAUCAGACUCCUCUUGCUGAAGAGAAACAUAACCCCAGUGAGAUUCCCAUGGGCAUGGAUGCCAGUUUGGGACAAAUCAGCUUACUUUCAAACCUUGGUAGUAUUAUCAAGAAAGGAAGUGGAGAACCAAAUUACAACAUCUCCAGUUCUCAGUUAACUAACACUCUAGUUCCUGCUGCUGAUACCAAAGGUAGUAAGUCACCAAAAGGAAAUAAAGAGAUUCUUCCCACAUACCAGACUUUGUUACCAAGUCCAAGAAGAGUUCUGGAGAUGUCUCCUGUUUCUCCAAGAGGCAGAAAUCAGGCUCCUCUAGAGGAAGAGGGCUCAGGAGCCCUAGUGUUGGAUCAGACGAGGCCAGGCUUCCUGCCUCCGCUGAAUGUGAGCCCCCGUCCCCCAGUUCCAGAGCUCACUGUCAUAAACACAGUUUCUGGAAUGAUUUCUUAUGGACAAACUCACUUAGUACCACCGGGAUCUGCCUUCCCUAAGGGGACCAAAGAGACAAAUCUGCUGCGGAGGAGGCCGUACGAGCAGAUCACAGUCUGA